AUGGAAAAAAUAAGACAAAACCAAGAGAUUUUAGAAUCAGAAAUAAAAUUAAGAAUUCAGCAUAUUUUAAGCCAAGCAUUUGAUAAUUUAUCUUCAUACGAUCCAGUAAAUAUGCGUGAAGGUCAACGUAGUAUUGAAUCAUUAAUGGCAGAGAUUUGUCUUGGAGGGAAGCCAGGCCUUAAAGAAUUUUGUGAAUUACAAGAUGGAUUUGAAUUAAAUAUAGCAACACAGUUAAUUACAUGCUUAGAAAGAUUAUUAGGAAAAGAUACAAAUCAUCCAAUUUCUUCACAUAUAUGUCAUACGUUAGAAUUACUUCAGGGGAGUUUAUUAUUACAUCCAGCGUCAAGAAGUCUUUUUUCUCGUCAUAUUAAUAUGAAUAUUUUACUUGAUCUUCUUGAACCACAAUCAGAACCAGAAGUUCAUAUCGCAACACUUGCAACACUGGUAGCAGCAUUGGUGGAUAAUUGGGAUAAUGUUAGAGUUUUUGAAUCAUUAAAUGGUCUAGCAUCGGUGGCGUCGCUUAUGAAAUCAAAAAAUUCUACACAAAAAGUCAAACUUAAAGUUGCAGAAUUCCUUUAUUUCUAUCUUAUUCCAGAACCCACUUUUUCAGGGCCUAUAAUUAACAAAAAACUAAAUAUACGUCGUUCAACUGAAGAAAAGGAACUUAUGCUUGCAAAAUAUUUACAUAACGUACGCAGUCUUGUGAAAGAUCUACAAGAACUUACACCGUUUGGUGAAUUAUAA